GCUCCACGGGAAGUCGAAGACUCGUGUAAUGUAAAGUUACACAACAUUUUAUAAGGUACAUGUGCCGCGCUGGUCGUGGGUUAUGUGAGGGCUGCAAGUGUGCGGCUGUACUACAGGGAGGUUGUCGGUCGAUAUGGAGCCAAUAAACAAAGAUGCUAAAAGCAACCCGGCCGCCAGAGCUAAUCUCUUUUCGCAGAUAUUUUUCUGCUGGCUGAACCCGCUUCUCCGCAUCGGAUCUAAGAGAAGACUGGAAGAAGAUGAUAUGUACAAUGUGCUUCCGGAAGAUCAGUCUAAAAGACUUGGGGAGGAGCUACAGCGACACUGGGAGAAGGAAGUGGAGAAAGCAGCAAAAGAACUGCGGACACCCAAACUCAGCAAAGCUAUUAUCAGGUGCUACUGGAAGCCGUACGCAUUACUGGGAAUUUUUACUUUUUUAGAGGAGGUUAUUAAGGUGGUGCAACCAGUGUUUUUGGGAAAACUCAUACAGUAUUUUGAGCGCUAUGACCGCAAUGACACGGCAGCGUUGUAUGAGGCUUAUGGGUACGCAGGGGGCGUCUCUCUCUGUGUCCUGUGUCUGACAUUAACGCACCACCUCUACUUUUUCCGUGUACAAAGAGCUGGAAUGAAAAUCCGCAUUGCAAUGUGCCACAUGAUCUACAAGAAGGCGCUGUGCCUUAGUGCCACGGCGAUGGGCCAGACAACCACAGGGCAAAUUGUUAAUCUCUUGUCCAAUGAUGUCAACAAGUUUGAUGAGGUGACUAUUUUUCUGCACUUUUUGUGGGUGGCGCCGCUUCAGGCUGCUGCGGUGGUCGGCCUGCUUUGGCAAGAGAUCGGACCAUCGUGCCUCGUAGGGAUGGCAGUUCUAGUUUUUCUCAUGCCGCUCCAGACCAUGUUUGGUAAACUGUUUUCUAAGUACAGGGCUAAGACUGCAGUCCACACAGAUAAUAGGAUCCGCACCAUGAAUGAGGUGGUGUCUGGCAUACGUAUAAUUAAGAUGUAUGCCUGGGAAAAGCCAUUUGCAGCUCUGGUUAGUGACGUACGAAGGAAGGAGAUCUCGAAAAUCAUGAGUAGCUCUUAUCUCCGUGGACUGAACAUGGCCUCGUUCUUUGUAGCGAGUAAAAUCAUUCUGUUUGUGACGUUCCUCGUGUACGUGCUGGUGGGAAACACCAUCUCUGCCAGUCGCGUGUUUGUGACCGUGGCGCUGUACACCGCCGUUCGCCUCACCGUCACUCUGUUCUUUCCUAAUGCUAUUGAGAAGGUGUCUGAGGCGGCCGUCAGCAUCAGGAGAAUCAAGAAGUUUCUCCUGCUGGAUGAGCUGGUUAAACCCCAAGGUUCACUUGCUCACGUGGGGAAGGAGGCGUCUGUGAAAAUGCAGGAUGUCGUAUGUUACUGGGACCAGACUCUGGACUCUCCAACACUCCAAAAUGUGUCUUUCACUGUAAAGACGGGUCAGCUAUUGGCUGUUAUCGGUCCUGUAGGCGCUGGCAAGUCGUCUCUGCUCAGCACGGUUUUAGGUGAACUUCCUGCUGAGAAGGGCGUAAUAAAGACCAAAGGUGAGCUGACAUACGCUUCACAGCAGCCCUGGGUCUUUCCGGGGACCAUUCGAAGCAACAUCUUGUUUGGCAAAGAGCUGGAGCCCAAGAGAUAUGAGAAGGUUCUUCGAGCCUGUGCACUCAAGAGGGACAUGGAGCUGCUUCCUGACGGAGACCUUACACUGAUCGGAGACCGAGGAGCGACUCUCAGCGGAGGCCAGAAAGCUCGGGUCAACCUUGCCAGGGCUGUUUAUCAGGAUGCUGAUAUUUACCUGCUGGAUGAUCCGUUGAGUGCUGUGGACGCGGAAGUGGGUCGUCACCUGUUUGAACAGUGUAUUUGUGGAAUUCUAAAGGAUAAACCCAGAAUCUUAGUUACUCAUCAGCUGCAGUUCCUGAAGGCCGCAGAUCAGAUCCUUGUUUUGAAAGAGGGACACACGGUGGCACAGGGUACGUAUUCUGAGCUUCAGCGCUCGGGAGUGGAUUUCACCUCUUUGUUGAAGAAGGAUGAGGAGGAUGAGAUCUCGGCCGAGAAAGAACCUCCUCGCUCACCCCGCAGCCGAACCUUAUCUCAGAACUCCGUUCGAUCACAGUCGUCCUCGGUUCUUUCUGUUAAAGAUGAAGCUGAUAAGCUUCCGGCGGAGACUGUGCACACCAUGGCAGAAGAAAGCCGCUCAGAAGGAAACAUCGGCUUCCGUUUGUACUGGAAAUAUUUCAGAGCUGGAGCCAACGUUGUAAUGCUGGUCUUCAUUUUAGUGUUAAACCUCCUCGCUCAGGUUUCUUACAUUCUUCAGGACUGGUGGCUUGCAUACUGGGCCACAGAACAAGAGAAGCUCGACAACCCUUCUAACACCACCAGUGGCAUGAAUGCUACCAUCUCUCAGCCGCUGGACCUGAAGUUCUAUCUCGGUAUCUACGGAGGUUUAACUGUGGCCACCGUCAUCUUCGGCUUUAUGCGCAGUUUAAUCAUGUUUAAAGCUCUGGUGAGCUCAGCGCAGACGCUGCACACCCGCAUGUUCAACUGCAUCCUCAGGACACCCGUCCGGUUCUUUGAUAUCAAUCCCAUUGGAAGAAUUCUCAACCGAUUCUCCAAAGACAUCGGUCAGCUUGACUCUCAGCUUCCUUGGACGUCUGUGGAUUUUAUCCAGGUGUUUCUGCAGAUCAUCGGCGUCAUCGCUGUGGCAUCAUCAGUAAUACCAUGGAUUCUGAUUCCCGUGCUGCCUCUGUUGAUUUGCUUCAUGUUCCUGCGGCGCUACUUCCUGCGGACCUCGCGUAAUGUCAAGCGCCUCGAAUCCACAACCCGUAGUCCAGUGUUCUCCCACCUGUCGUCCUCUCUGCAAGGCUUGUGUACCAUCCGUGCCUUUAAAGCAGAGGAAAGAUUUCAGCAAGCGUUUGACGCCCAUCAGGAUCUGCACUCAGAGGCCUGGUUCCUGUUCCUGACCACAUCACGCUGGUUCGCUGUGCGCUUGGACGGGAUGUGCUCUGUGUUCGUGACCAUCACAGCCUUCGGAUGUCUUCUGCUGAAAGACAGUUUGGAAGCAGGUGCGGUAGGUUUGGCUUUAUCUUACGCUGUCACUCUAAUGGGAAUGUUCCAAUGGGGCGUUAGACAGAGUGCAGAGGUAGAGAACAUGAUGACCUCAGUAGAGAGAGUGGUGGAGUACACGGAGCUAGAGAGCGAAGCGCCAUGGGAGACCCAAAAACGCCCUCCUCCUGAUUGGCCGAAUCGAGGUCUGAUUACCUUCGACAAAAUCAACUUCUCCUACCAUCCAGAUGGACCUGUUGUCCUCAAGAACAUCUCGGCCAUGUUCAGACCCAAAGAGAAGAUUGGAGUCGUGGGGCGAACCGGCGCAGGGAAAAGCUCUCUGGUAUCGGCGCUCUUCCGUCUGACGGAGCCUGAAGGCAAAAUCUUCGUGGACGGGGUCUUGACCUCUGAGAUCGGCCUGCAUGACCUCCGGGAGAAGAUGUCAAUCAUCCCGCAGGAUCCCGUGCUGUUCACGGGAACAAUGAGGAAGAACUUGGACCCCUUUGGCCAGCACUCCGAUCAGGAUCUGUGGAACUCUCUUGAGGAGGUCCAGCUGAAAAGUGUUGUGGAGGAGCUGCCUAGUAAACUCGAGACGGAACUGGCCGAGUCUGGAUCGAACUUCAGCGUGGGUCAACGGCAGCUCGUCUGUCUCGCCAGGGCCAUCCUGAGGAAGAACCGAAUUCUCAUCAUCGACGAGGCCACGGCAAACGUAGACCCUCGGACAGACGAACUGAUCCAGAAAACCAUCCGUGAGAAGUUCAAAGAAUGCACCGUUCUCACCAUAGCGCACAGACUCAACACCAUUAUAGACAGCGAUCGCAUCCUGGUUUUGGAUGCCGGUCGGAUCAACGCGUACGACAAUCCCUAUGUUCUCCUAAAAGACCAGGACAGCAUCUUUUACAAAAUGGUUCAGCAGACCGGAAAGGCAGAGGCAGCGUCACUGUUGCACUCCGCCAAACAGGCGUACAUGAACUCCAGUCCGGCCCACCAGCCAAACGGCUUUGCCACGACAGGAGAUGGCGGCCUGGUUAUCUUCGAGACGGCACUCUAACCACCAUGUGCCCGCCAAGUGUCUGUAUGGGACACGGCUGCUUCCAGCUACCCCAGCGGGGUGAUGUGGUAGAAGUUCUGCCCCCAUCUUUCCCAGAGAUCCCUGAUCGCUCAGGCUGAGCAGAACUGGGGAUUUCGUCCGUAGACAUCAACGGGUCCAGAGAGGAUAGGGCUGUUGCUCCAAUCAUGCAAGAGGAUACAGACUUCACGUAUAAAUACAGACUUCGCACACCAGCGUUAUUAUAACUCAAAGAGAACUUGAUGAGACAUACUGAUUGUAAAAAAAUGUUUUUUAUAUACAGUACGUGCCUUAUUAUUCAAAUGUAGUAUUUACAGAUAUUCAUAUGGCCAAAGAGAUUACAGUACAGCUUGACUCUGUCUGAUUGGUUAAAUCAGUGCCUUUAUACGACUGCCUUUCUUAAGAGGAUCCCAUACAAGACAUGUUUUGUUUAUUUAUUGAUUCGUACACUCCAGUUGCCUUAAUCAUUAUAAUCAUAUGCGGGAGAGUUUAUAAACCAUAUUAGUAUUUGCUGAGAGCGUUCCGUUCAUGCUGUGUUUUAUAGAAUGUGGAGGGGUUCUAACAUUUCAAGUUCCUGUGCAAUAUAGACAAUACUGAAAUCUUUUGCUUUAAUGUCGUCUUUGAUUUAAUAGAAAAUACAUAUAUUUUUAUAAUUUGUGAAUUUGAAAGGAAACGAAUGACUGGUGCAGAGGCCAGUUCAAUUUGAUCUCUUGAGAUGAUUUGUAUUUUAAUGUCUUAAACAAUUCCGUUUCUGAAAAAAAAAGAAUUGUGUGUGAUUUUUUUUGUAGAAACUAAAUCAACAAAGCAGUACUUACCGAAAAAUAUUAGCAGCUAUGCCCAGCACCCUUAAUUUAACAAAUAAACCAAAUUUGAUUUAACUUCUGGUGGAGCACAUAACUGUUAAAUGAAUAAAAAAAAUGAAUAAAAAAAUCUGUUAAUGCAAUUAUUUGCAUAGCAUUUUUUUCAAUGACUUAUUACUACAUAAGUGAUAUGCCAGGUUCAAAAGAUUUGUAUAAUAUGACCAUAAAAAACUACAUUGAUGAAACUUCUUUUGGAUGACUGAAUUGUGCUUAUAUCUAAUGUUACCAGUUGAAUACAUUGUGCAUUAAGAUCUAAAUAUGUUCAAUUUAUUACAUUUUAUUAUUGUUAACAGUUAGGACUGUCUUCUACACUGUAAAAAAUCUACUUAAAAACGUAAGCUAAAAUGCUGCCUUCAAUUUUGAAGUUGAAUCAAAUGAGCUUUACGAGUCAUCUGAACCUAAAUGACGUUGAACUGAAUCAGUUUUCAUCUUAAUGAUAAUAUAAUAACUAAGUUGAAAUGUCAUAUGCUUUUUGUGUUUAAAUAUGAGUUUUGUAGGUCUUGUAUUAUUUUCCAUCAUGUUUAAUUAGUACGGUAAAUGUUCCGUCAUAUCAGAUUCUUGUACUUUGAUAUUUAUCACAAGGUCUCGUGAUUAAACCUUUU